AUGGCUUUGACUUCCUCUCUCACUGUGUUCUCGGUACUUGUAAUAGUGAGCUGCUUUGGAUUUCUUGAAAUGACAAUGGCCGGGGACCCAGAUAUCCUGACAGAUUUCGUAGUACCAGUUACAGCAAAUGCGAGCCAAGGCGUCGAUGGAAGCUUCUUCACAUUCACUGGGUUGGAAUCCUUGAUGGGAGCAGACCCUCCCGCGAUUUUUAAAGCCACCAAAGUAAGCAUGGCAGAGUUCCCGGCUCUCAACGGUCAAAGCGUUGGAUAUGCUGUUCUUCAGUUCCCGGCCAUGACGACUAACCCGCCACACACUCAUCCUCGCUCCGCAGAGCUUCUCCUCCUCACUGAUGGCAGUCUUGAAGUUGGAUUCGUUGACACGGCCAAUAAGCUCUACACCCAAUCCCUACAAGCUGGUGACAUUUUCGUCUUUCCCAAGGGAUUGGUGCAUUUCCAGUACAACUCUGAUCCUCAGAAUCCGGCUGUGGCUGUUUCGGCUUUCGGAAGUGCCAACGCCGGCACCGUGUCUCUUCCAAACACUUUGUUCGCCUCUGGUUUGGAUGACAAUGUCUUGGCUAUCUCUUUCAAGACUGACGUUGACACCAUUCAGAAACUCAAGGCUGGUCUUGCUCCCCCUAAGCCCUAA